ACAGAGUGUACUCAGCCCUCUGUCGCCGUACCGUCUGCGCCCCCGCAGACCACCGUCUCCCCUCCUUCCCCGCCACGACUACCGACGCGACGAGCCAUUUACUCUGCUCGUUACAACUAGCAGCUUGUGACUCGCGAGGACGUUGUGUCCUCUCUUCUGGACUUGAGCAUGCUCCAGGCUCGUCAGGAGCGACUCACCCCCCAUGUCGCUGCACUGCGUCGCCUUCUCACCAUCCUCUCUGACCCUGAUCGCACCCUCCCGAUCAUCCCAGUACGACUCGGGACCUCCACGAGGGUGUACUCAGCGUUGUGGGAUUCCCGUUCUCAGGGCGACUUCAUUCACCCACGCGUGGUGAAAGAAGCCCGCUUACCCACGACAAGGUCUCCGACUCCCAUCUCCGUUACCUUAGGGGAUGACAAGACCCAGCGCUUCUUCGAUCAGACGGUCACUGACCUCCCUUUCUUCCUCACUCUCGAGCCGACUGAUCGUUCCCCGGCGUCUCGUCGCCACCGCUCCUCUGCACAUUUCGAUGUGAUGGAAACGGGGUACGACUUCAUUCUCGGCACUCCGUGGUCUCGUCGGUUCCGCAGCACCGAGGCCGAUUGGGCGACCAACACUCUCGUUCUCAAAACGAAGUGUGGACAGACGUAUCGCGUACCUUUCAUAGGUACCACCGCGACACCACGCCCCGAUCCUCCUCCCCCGGAGCCUUUCGUGCCCACACCAUCUCCUUCUAUCACUGUCACCUCGCCUCGACAGUUCGCUCACUUCAUCCGACAGGACGACGUCACCUUCUUUAUGGUGAACGUGACGGAUCUCUUACACUAUGACCCCCCCUGUCCUGACGCCGAGCUCAUCCCUCUGGAGCCAGACCCUCCUUCCAUCUCCAUGGCUCCCAUCUCUAGUUUCAUCUCUCCGCCGUCCGUCGAGUCCACCCCGCCGCCGCGCGCUGACGCCGACGCUGAGGAACUCACACGAUAUACGGCCGACUUGGAGUCCGCAGUUUGUGACCUCAUUCGAGAGUACCACGACGUUUUUCCAUCGUCGUUCUCGUAUGCCGGCAUGAUGCGUGACGUCGAGCACUCCAUCCAGCUUGUGCCUGACUAUCGUGUCCACCACCAGGCACCCUAUAGACGCUCGAUCCCCGAGGCCACCGAACUCAAGCGUCACCUUGAGGAGCUCCUGAGACAGGGUUUCAUUAAGCCCAGCAACUCCCCGUGGGGUGCACCCGUCCUCUUUGCUCGCAAAGCGGAUGAAACUCUUCGUCUCUGCAUCGACUACCGCCGUCUCAGCCGCUUCACGGUUAAGAACAACUACCCCAUGCCUCGUUCCGAUGAGCUGUUCGACCGCCUAGUAGGCUACCGCUUCUUUACGAAGAUUGAUCUUCGUAGCGGUUACCAUCAGAUCUGCGUCGCUGCAGCCGACCAGCCGAAGACAACGUUCCGAUCGCGCUUCGGCCACUACGAGUUUACAGUGAUGCCAUUCGGCCUCACCAACGCACCCGCCACCUUCCAGAGGGCGAUGAACGACAUCUUCAGGGACAUCCUGGAGCAGUACGUUCUCGUCUACCUCGAUGACAUCCUGGUCUACAGUCGUACCCUUGAGGAGCACCUCAGACACCUCCGCGACGUCCUUGACCGCUUGCGCAGACAUGGCUUCUACGCUAAGCUGAGCAAGUGCCGCUUUGCCUAGCACAAAGUGGAUUUCUUAAGACACUACGUGUCUGACCAGGGUCUCCACAUGGA